AUGAGCCGGUCUGUUGAAGCGAAGGACUAUGGUGACUGGAAGGUCAUCUACAAUGGCCAGGGCGGGAAUGGCGAUGCGCUGUCAGAGGGAAGGAAGGCUUCUUCCCCGGCAGUUUCAGUCCCAAAGUCUAUAGGCAUCCUUUCCGACAAUAAGACAGAGAUACCGACAGUCACGGAGUUACCCUCAUCGAAGCUGAAGCUGCCUCAGUUAGACAAUGACAUAACAGAGCGAGUAUUCCCAGUCCGAUCGGUCGUGUCCUUCGACUCGACCCCUUCGUCCGCCCUACAGACACCAUCGCUGGAUAAACUUGAGAGUCCUAUACUUCCGUUCUCAGACGCUCUCAGGAAAAGCUCAUUGGCGAGUGAGAUUUUAAUGAAACAGCCAACUGGAGAUGCGGAUGGUGAAAAGCCGGCUACCAGACCCAAAUAUCUUUCUCUGAUGCAUGAGCAGAGGCGGGACCAUCCAGAUCUCUCCUCCUCAUCGGCAGUGCCAACUCUCAGUCAUCCUAUUUCCAUGAGCGACCGGCUUUUACCUUCACCAAAUAGGGAGAGAGCAUCGAGCGGAGGUUCUCGCGAAAGUCCUCGUCUAUAUGAAAGAUUGCACCACACCCUCUGCGAGGGAGGCAAGAUUUUACAACCUAUUCGAAUGCCCAAAGGGCUGCAGUAUUCCCAGGAAGAUGAGGAUAGUGUUAUUAUCCAAUCCUUUGGCGCACUGCUCGUGAUCUCCCAAUAUGGAGACAAUUUUCCGGUUCAGGCUGCCAGCAGCAACACAUCGGAGAUCUUGGGCAUUACCCCAGAGGAGUUAUUUGAGCUUGAGUCAAUAUGUGCCCUCUUCUCGGACCCGCAAAGAAAGAUCUUCCUUUCUCAUGCUGCCGAUGUCCUGAGUGACGAAUACGAAGUUGGAGAAGUUGGGCCCGAGGUCUUUUAUCUAUCGACCUUGGAUGGAGACACCCCACGUCUUUGGUGUACAAUGCAUACCAGCAAGGCAUACACAAACUUCAUUAUCUGCGAAUUGGAGCCAGGGAUUAGAGGCGUUCAACAGAUCACGGACAAAAUCGAUUCGCCAAACCUGCGACAUCAAAAGGGACGAACUCUCAGCCAGUUCGCAGAGGAUCAGGCCCCUCAUCGAAGGAGCCUUUCUAAUACAUACGACAAACCAUCUGAGAAUACAGAUACCAUGGAUAUAGAGCUGUUGAAUAUUCUUCCACGCAUUCUGAAACGAAUUUCAAGUUCUCAGUGUCUUGAUGAUUUGAUACGGCAUACCAUCUCGAGCCUGCGGCAUUUGACCAAAUUUCACCGCAUUACCGUCUAUCAUUUCGACUGUGACCGAAAUGGCAUCAUUCUUGCAGAUGCCCUUGAUCCAGCAAGGCAUACAGAAUCGUAUAACGGCAUGCACUUCCAAGAAUCCACCUUCCCCGAUGAUCUCAAGAGUCAGUAUCUGCACAGUAAGGUCGCAUUUUCUUACCGAAAAGGUGACGUCUCAGAGCUGGUCUACCGAGUGUCGACCAACAAAUUGGCCCUCGACUUGUCGCAUUGUUACUUGACAGCAACACCAGAUGUCCCCGAGGAUUCCGCACAAUCUCCAGUCCAUGCGUGCAUGUCCAUCAGCAUUCAUGUUUUUAAUAAGCUGUGGGGGAUAAUCUCUUGCCAAUCCUACGAUGAACAAUUCCGACUCCACCCUCUACUUCAGCGGGUCAGCUGGUUCAUCAGUGAAGCCGUUUCCAGCAAUAUCGAACGUCUUUCGUAUACGCUGCCGUUUCAACCACAAGGUCAAACUGUGCCAUGGGAUGAAUUGAAUCCAAUGCAGGAAACCACUUCUCCUUCCGGUGAUCUCUUGGGUCUUUUCGGCGCUGAUUACGCUGCUGCAACCAUCUUGGGGCAAGUCAAGGUCUUAGGCAAACCAGUCGAUUCGCAAGAACUUUUGGCUCUGCUCGAAUACCUACGAGCUAAGGAGAUCGAGACAGCUCUAUGGUCUACGGAUAUCGCCUCCGAUUUCGAAGAUCUCGAGUAUUCCCCCGGGUUCCACCACUUGGCCAGUCUGCUGUAUGUUCCGCUGUCUCCCGAUGGACAUGAGUUUAUCAUCUUCUUUCGCAGCCAGCCCAAAGCCAGCCAGGAUGCGAGUGAUUCUGAAAGUCAACCCCGGCCUUCAGAAUGGUCUGCAGCAGAAUUCGGGAAAGCCUCGAUGCUGACGCUAUUGUAUCGAACAUUCACGGAGAUUUGGCGGGAGAAGGAGGCGACGAUGCAGAAUAACCAGCUCAUGAAGCUGCUUCUAGCCAACUCUGCGCACGAGUUCCGCACGCCACUCAACGCCAUCAUCAACUAUCUCGAGAUCGCGCUAGAUGGCUCCCUGAAUCAGGAGACUCGAGAGAAUCUCUCCAGGUCUCACUCCGCCUCCAAGUCUCUAGUGUACAUUAUAAAUGACCUUCUCGACCUCACCAAUGCAGAGAAUGGGCAAAUGCUCAUUAAGGAUGAAGUCUUCAAUCUUAGCGAGACUCUCUGCGAGGCAACCAAUAUAUUCUGGGAAGAAGCCCGGCAGAAGCAUGUGGACCUUCAAGUUAUGCAACAUUCGGCAUUACCGCCAGUCCUUGGUGAUCAACGACGCGUGCGACAGGUCAUCACCAACCUGAUCAGCAACGCUAUCCAACAUACUUCAUCGGGUGCUGUCACAAUCGAGUCGUGCAUCCUGUCUGGGUUCUGCGAGCCCGGGCACAUUGCUGUGGAGGUAGCGAUUCACGAUACGGGUGUUGGGAUGUCACAGGAGGCCGUGGAGACUUUAUUCUGCGAAUUGGAGCAGAUCUCCAAUAACAAAUACAUGCCCAAUCCCAAAUCCUGCGAAAAAACCUCUGACGCAGGAGAGUUGGCGACAGAUAGUGUCCUUGGUCUAGGACUGGCCCUGGUUGCUCGGAUCGUGCGUAACAUGGACGGACAACUGAGUCUAAAAUCGGAGCAAGGAACGGGAAGCUGUUUCAAAAUCCGAUUGAAGUUUCCCCUGCCGUCCGGGGAGGAGACCAAUGUGCAAGUGGCGAAUGACGGCGACGGGGGACCCCAAACCUGUCAUCUUAAUAACGGCACGAAUCAUGCGCCCGGCAGCGACACGGCGGAGAAAAAGAACGGCAUUCCCUGUCACUGCGGCGAUGACAGUCUCCCUGGUCCUGGGCCCGGACAGCAAAACAGCAGCUGCUUGGAUGUUGAAAUUGCUCUGACCAACGGCGAAUCACGUAGUAUCACCCUAGCUGCCCCGCACCCGACAUCAGACAAAAGGACCAAAGCCAAAAAAGAACUUUUCACAGCAUCUGAGCAAGAAAAGCUGGCAAAGACGCGCGUUGGGUUGAAAGAGCCCAAGGCGCGACCCAAAGAAUCCGACACCACAGAAGCCAACAUGAACCGGAGAGCCGAGCUGCAUGUUCUCGUUGCCGAGGAUGAUCCUGUCAACAGCAUGGUCCUGAAGAAACGGCUGGAAAAACUCGGCUACUCGAUUUGCAUGACGGGGAAUGGGAAGGAAUGUGCUGCUGUGUACUGCGAGAGCCCACUCUCGUUCGAUGCAGUUCUGAUGGACCUACAGAUGCCGAUCAUUGAUGGGCUCUCAUCCACCAAGAUCAUCCGCGAGUAUGAGAUCCAGUCCAGCUCUCGCAAUACCUAUACACCUAUCUUCGCAGUCUCGGCCUCGCUCUUGGAGAAGGACCGACAGAUCUACAUCGACUCUGGCUUCGAUGGGUGGAUCGUGAAGCCCAUUGACUUCCAACGGCUUCAUGAGCUCCUCGGAGGAGUAAGGUCGCCUGAACGACGGAAUGCAUGUUUUUAUCGGGCGGGGAUGUGGGAACAGGGUGGUUGGUUCGCAGCGGCCCAGUGA